AUGGAACUGUUAGGAGAAAAGAUUGAACAUAGCUGUACAAAUGUGGAACAUCUGUCCUGUCCUGUGAGCCCACUGGCUAAUCUUUACUUGUCCCAGAACCAAAGAUUGGUUCAUAUCAAACUAAGAAUCGGACAUGCUAUUGCCAGGCGUUGCGCCAGAAUGAUUAAAACCAGAAAUCUCUCUGGAGAUGGCUUGUUUGUGUGGGCAGACAGCAUAACAGUGCUGACUGCAGCACAAUCAAUCAACCAGCUGACUGUGUCAAAGGACGUUUCCCUGGAGACAGAGAUUCUCUUUGUGAUGGGGAAAGUUCAGAAAAUGAUGGUUUUCCUGAACAUGAUGGAAGCCAGAGAGGCUGCAAAUACUCUGCUCAGAGCCAUAAAAGCUUCAUAUAACAGUAACCGGGAUCUGGGAUUGAUGAGACAAGCCUACCUAGAAAUGGCCCUGAUCUACAUGUUCAGUUCUGGAGUGAUGACAGUGACUGAACACUGUCAUCUAGAGCCUGCCAUGGAGCCUAAUUUACAUAUUUUAAACAGCAAGUCAGAACUAGAGGUAAUUAGUAAGAGACAUACACAGUUGUGGGAAUUGAUAAUGAAUGAAGGUGUGUCUGCUUUCACAAAAUUCUUAUUUGGCAAGGCUCAGUAUCUAAUGCACUUACCUGGCAAGGACAAGAAGGGGGAUGAAGAGGCGGCCGAGAAAGAGAAAGAGAAAGAAAAAGAGAAAAAAGUAGCUCGGCUGGCAAUAUCUUGCGCAGCAGCUGUUGCACAAGCUCAGUGGUCAAGGAACCACAUUACCGGGGACAUUGGUGUGAUCACUCAGAAACUGGAGGAGAAGACUUUGAACAGCAUACCUGACUUUCUCUUGCUGGACCUUCUUGCUAGAAAUGUUCUUGGGGAGAAGCAGAAGGUGUACAAGAAUGAAAUAGAAGAGGAAUUAAGUGUUUUGUCUGAAGCCACUGAAGUCAGAAGUGCAGAACCAUAUGACAGUCAACUGAAAAAAGUUAGGGAUUCUGCAAAGGUUUUAAAAUGGAAUCAUUUACUGGGCUACCAGACCAUCUUACAGCGUCUGGUCAGUACUGCCAGUUUGGCAAUGGCCAGCUACCAGACAGAUGGAACCAAAGCGAAAGAGAAUCAGUUGAAUCUGCAGCUGACAAGCUGUGCUAAAUCUGGCAAGAACCAUGAUGUCGUUAGAUAUAUGUUGCUGUCAGCUGGGUGGCAGAUUCGUCUGAUAAGCAUGCACAGCUUCCUGUCUGCAAACCUCAAGACCUAUGAUGAAGUGUGCUGUGCUCCAUUCCCACCUGCAGACUUAAACUUGGCCAGACAAAAUCAGACAGCAGCUGAUUCAAAAAUCGGCCGGAGAUCAAAUAUUGCCAUGCAGAGCAUGGAUGCAGAAAAUAUUCAACCAAGCAACCUUAGAAGAGCAACUUUGGCAUCUGCCCCAACUUAUGAACAGAAGAAACUUGAUGAGCAAAUGUCUGCAGAAGGCGACUCUCAGUUGUCUGUUCAGUGGUACCAACCUAGUCUAGGGGAAGAUGGAAGUUCUAUUUCUGGUGCUGAUGUCAAUGAGAAAAGGAUCCUACUUUUGUAUGCUUUAACCAAAAGAGAGAUGAAACCUGUCCAAGGCUUUAAGUGGGUAUCACUGCAAAAGCUCUAUGACCUGCAUGACAGAAAAUGUCUAGAUGAUAUAUGGAUGUUACUAAAAGGCAAACCUCAGAACAACAAAGAAAUCCUUCCCAAGUUUACAGCAGACAACAUCAGGAGAUUCAAGCGGCUUUUGGAUCCUAGUAUAGGACUUCUACUAAAAGGAAAUGAAGUUCUGCCUUGGUUGUGUGAAGUAUUUACAUAA